UUUUUUUGCCAUUUUUCUUUUUGAAAUAUUUUUUAAAUUUUAGAAGCCAUAUGUCACUCUUUUUACUUUGCGAUUUAAUUGGAUUAAAAACUUCAAUUGGUUGGAAUGAUUAUAUUCCAAAAUUGUUACAUAUUGCCGUUAUUAAUUUGGAUUCUAAUGAUAAAAUUAUCUGCUUCCAUUCACGCCAAAUAAUUAUUAAUAUUUGUUUAAUGUUUAUAGCCGAUGAUGUUUCGCUUGUCCAACUAAGAAAUCAAGAAAAUAUAAAAGAAUCAAAUCUGGAUGAAGUUGGAUUAAAUUUAAAUAAUUCAACAACAACAACAACAAACAAUAAUGGACGUAUUAAUCGAAUAUCAACAAUAACAACAUCAGCAACAACAAAUAAUGCUGAAAAUUCAAGUUUAGCAAGUGAAAGUAUUGGAAAUUCCCCUUACAAUAAUUUAAAUAAUAAUAAAGAAAAAUAUUUAAAUAAUUUAAAUUUAAUUCCAAAUUAUUAUAAAGAACAAUUAUUUGCUGUAGAUGCUCUAUUUUGUUCUAAAACUGAAUUAUUAAAAUGUUUAUUGUUUUGCCUUUCUCAAAAAAAAAAUACAAGUUUAUGGACUUUUGAAGAUACAACCCAAAGGUGUUGGAUUACUGAAAGUUCUAAAUAUGUUGGACGUUUUGUUCAACGUUUAGUUGAUUUUCUUCAAACAAAAUUACCAGAAUUAGCUAAUAAUUGGACUCAAUUUGCUAUUCAUUUUGCUUUUAAUAUUUCGAAUAGACAUUAUUUUGGUCGUUCAUUUCAAAUUGCUGGAUCAUUAGGCACUAGCCCUGUACCUUUUAUUCCAUUAUUAAUUUCUCGUCUAGUUGAUAUAUUUUCUGAAAAUAAUGAUGAAACACAAAGCUUUAUUAUUGAAUUAUUUAUUUGCCUUCAACGAAUGGUACAAUCUGUCGAUAAUAAUUCAAAAACAUUUUCUAAUGGACAUUGUCGUUCGAUAAGUUAUACUCGGAAUUUUUGGGAGCCGUUAGAAGCAAAUAAAAAGGAUGAGAAGAAAGAUAUUCGGCACUCUCUCCUACUUUCAAGUAAUUUUGAUAUAAACAACAAAACACCAUUAAAAAGAAGUAAAAGUGCAUCAAUGCCAAAAAUAAAUAAUGAAACAAAUUUAUAUUUAACUGAAGAAAAUAUAUUAGCUUUUUCUCAAAUUGCUACAAUUUCUCUUUUAAUGUUGGAAUCUAAUGUAGAUAAUGAAUUUUUAAUUGGAUUACAUACUUUUGAUAAGAUUUUACAAGCUAGUGGAAAUCAACGUUUUGAAUUUCUUGUUCGUUUGGAAGAAAUUGUAAAUAAAAGUUGGGAGUUGCCUAACAACACUGAAAUUGUUGCUUUAGCUUUGAAAGGUAUUCUCUACCCUUUUCACGGCUAUGAAUGUUCUAUUUCAAUAUUUUCAAAAUGCCUUUUAAAUUUAAAUCAAAAAAUUGUUUGUUCAAAUUCAAAAGAAUCUUUUGCUUUGAUUGUGACUGCUUCAUUACCCUAUUGUAUUCAAAACUUCAAUUCCCCAACUUCGCUGUGUUCUAAGCUUGCACAAUCUAUUGCAACUCAUUGUCGAACAGAACUUGAUCAACUUUCAAAGGAAAAAGGAGUUAAUUUGGAUACUUUUUCUGACCAUCCUCUUUCUAAUUUGAUUACUAUGAUGGACCAAUAUCGAGAACAAAAAUUUCCUCGUGACCAUCCCCAAUGGACUAAAUGUGUAAUUAAUUAUUUAUUGGAUGCUUUUAAACCUGAUACUUUUCAAUUAAUUAUUGUUUUGACUGAAAUGCUUGAAAGAAGUCCUAUAGCUUUACAUUCUAGUCUAUUGGAUAUGUUGCUGUUAUUAUUUAAUUAUGGAAAUUUAAAUAAUUGCCCUCCAGCUUAUUUUAAUUCUCAGAUUGUCAAAACAAUUUUUAAACACAUUCAUGGUUCAAGUUCUAGAGAAGCUUCGCGUAUUUUUAAAGUUAUAUUGGAACAAUGGAAUGCUAUUUCUGUUGAUAAAAUUUCCCAAAAUGAGAAAGAUUUUUUGGCUAAAAGAAAGCCAGAAUUUGAAAUUCGAUUUGAAAAACCCUUUUUACACGAAAUUAGUGUUGAUAAAUUGUCUUCUUUGGAUUCGUUUGGUAGUUCAAGACAAAAGAUCAGAAAAAAGCUUUUAACUUUAUUUUCAACUUUUGGACUCCCUAUUGGUGCAACUAGACAUCUUUCGCUUUUAUCAAAAUCCUUUACUGACAUUCAACAAGAUCAAUUAAUUAAUAUAAAUAUUGAAGAGAAAGAAGGGGGAAAUAUUCAAAAACAACAUCAGCAACAAUCAAAUUUAAAGCCAGAAUCAAAAGAUGAUUACUCAACAAAAACAAAUCAACAACCAAAUAUAGAUAGAAUGUCAAGUCCAAAAAGUUUUGGUGGUGGAGGACCAUCAUUAGGAGGAGGAGGAGGAGGUGGAAAUUUAUUACAACAAGACCACCAUUCUAGUGCAAAUAGUUGUGAAUUAAUAUCUUUACGAACAACAGACUCUUUCCCUAGAGUUUUUAAAGAAUUUGAUUUUCUUGAAGCUGAACAUGAUUCUGUGUCUGAAUCGGCUGAAAGUUGUUUUAAUUGGUUAUCUACAAUGAGAACUCCUAGGGUCUGCUCUGAAAUUAACGACAUAAACACACAAAAUGAUCAAGACGAACUUGGUGACGAUGAAGAAGAGUUUUAUGAAGAUAAUGAUUUGGAUAGUAAUAAUUCAAAUAAUAAUACUCGUUGUGAUGAUCCUUAUUCUCCAAAAUCGUUUAGAAGUGGAGGGACUAAUAGUAGUUGUUGUAAUAGACAUUCUUCUUUGGAAAGUGUUGGAGGAGGAAGUGGAGGAGGUGGUGGAGGGGGGUUACACAAAAAUAUAGCUACAAAUAUAAGAAGGAGAAGAAGAAAAGGAGGAGGGGGAAGAGAAGGAGGGGGAGAAAGAGAAUCUUCCUUCACAUUAAUUCGAAGACCUUUAAGCGGUGCUAGUGAUUCUAAUGAUGUUUCUUCUGAUCGUACACCAAUACAAUCAACACAUCAUAGUGAUGAAAGUAGUUCGGAAUUUGCUUCGGAAGGAGAGCAACAACAGCAACAACGAGAAAAUAUUGAGGAAGAGGAUGAAGGAGGGGAAGAUGUCGAGGAAGAUGAAGAAAUGGGUGGGGGAAGAAGAGAAAUUGUGGGGGGAAGAAAAGAAGAGAGCGAGUUGAGACGUGAAUCAAAUUUAAUGAGAAUAUGUGGGGGUGAUAAUCAAGAGAAUAAUCAAUUAAUGGAAGAACACAAAAUGGUUGUAAUGAGAAGAAAAGAAAAUAAAAAAUUUUCAAAAAUUUUGUUGUCUUCAAUAUCCCCAAGAAAACAACAACAAAAUCAACAACAAUUCCCUUCUUCUUCUACAACAUCCACAAUAUCACCUUCAAUAAAUACAACAAGACAACACAAACUUAUUGGAAGAAGAAAUUCUAGCGCAGAAUCUUCUUCCCAACAUUCAAAUUCAUUACAUACAACAACAACACAUUCUAUUAUUCCUUUAUUUUCUGAAAUACAACAACAACAACAAAUAUUUAAACAACAACAAAAUACAAAAUGUUUUGAUGAAGAACAGCAACAACAACAAAAUAAUUAUUUGCGUUUGGAAUGUUCACAUCAUAUUUCUGGAAUGGUUGAACAUUUAUGGAAUAAUUUAAUUUCUCACUUAGACAACGAUCAAAAUGGAAUAAUAAUUUCAAAUUCAAUUAUUUUAUUAACACAACUUUUUCGAGAGAAAAGUAUUUUUCUUGUUCGUAUUUUGAGGGAUUCUUUGGAUAUUUUUAAUUAUUCUCAACAACAAAAAAUGUCUACAGAUAUUUCCCAAUUAUUUUUACGUUCUCUAAAUUUUCUUUUAAAAUUUGUUGAAUGUCCUUUCCUGUUUGUAUCUUCCCAAUUUAUUAAUUCUUCUAAUUUACUCGAUUCAAUAAAAAUUGCUUUAUUUGAACUUCGUGAACAUUUUGAUGCAUUUAAUGAACAUUAUGAACAAUCAUUAAGGGCUCUUAAUAUGGUCAAAACAUCACAAAAAUUAUUAUUAAUUAGUGGAGCCGAAAAUAAAAGUAAUUUUGGAGAUACAACAACAACAACUUCUAGUUUAACAACAACAUCAACAAUUAAUAAUUCUUUUAAUCAACAAUUCCAAAUUAUUAAAAAUCAGGAGUUUCUUUUAUACAAAUCUUUACACAAACUUUGUUUUCAAUUAUUGCUAGUUGUUGAAAAAUUUAUUGAAAUGUGUUUGUCUGUUCAGAAUUUUAAUAAUUCUCAGGAGUCAGAUUUAACCCCAGCAGUAGCUUCUCUCCAAAAAGAAUUGCUUUCACAUUUAUCAACUUCAUCCUCUUUAGAUUCUUUUAAAACUUCAAAUUUAAGUUUAGAAGGAGGGGGAGGAGGGGGGAAUACUUGUUGUAGUAAUUCUUCUUCAAUUAUAUCAAAACAACAAAAUUUUGAUUUAAAUCAGUCUAGAGAUGUUUUAAUGUUACACACAACAAAUAAACAAUUUAGAAAUGCUUUUGGGAAAUUGACACAAUUGAGAUCCCAAUACUGUAAUACGUUUAAUGGGCAAUUUGGUUGUUGUGAACAAAUAGAUGUUGAUGUACUUUUACUUAAUUUUUGUAGAAGUCAUUGUUCUUUGCGUGUUUGGGCAAUGAUUGGGUCUUUUGAACAGCUUCGUUCUUGGUGCUCACAACUAAAAGAGUCAAAUGUACAAAUUGGAAUACUUUUAAGAAAUAUUUCUGACAAAUAAAAUUUUAUUUAAAUUUUUAAAUUACUAAAAAACUUGUAUUUUACUUAAAUUUUUAUUAGAAAAAUUUGAAUCAAAAAAUGAUAUUUUAGAAAAAAUUCUUUGAACAGAUUAUUUAGAGUUGAUCUCUACGGUUGAAUUAAUAAUUUAGUCAAUUUAAUUAAUUUUCUAUUAAACAGUCGUUUUGGUGUAAUGGAUAGUGGUUUAGGUUUGUAGUAAAAAAUGGCUAUGGUUCGAUUCCUCCAG